ACGUGCUUUUAUUUAUGUAACGCAAUGGUGUCAGAAGCGAACCCAGUGUUAUCCAAUGCAUGCAAAACCCAGUCUGAGAUGUAGGUAUUAAGAGAAGCAAAACAGAUAUAUUGUCUGGUCUUUAAAACAGACCGGUCUUUUGUCUUUGCCCUUGCGUUAAUGGAGUUUGGGGAAACCAGCACAGCCAAACCGACGGGAGACUAAAGCGGAGUGAACCAUCCAUCAUGCACGAAAAGGGAAAACCUUACUCUCAAAACAAAGACUGAGACAUGCUUGGCAAUGGAUUAACAUAGAUAUUAAAUUAAUUGUCAGAGGGAAUCGAAAAAUAUCGUUAUCGGCAUUAUUUAUAAAAUAUGUUAAAUGAAAGAGCCGUCGCGUGAUGUUAACUUUUGAAAUCAUGUCACUUUACACGUACAAAGAUUAAAGCUAUUUAUUUCUUGAAAAACCGUCAACUUUCAGCAGGAAGCUGUCACCGCAUAAAAACACAAGCAUGGAUCUGCUGGAGUGUCCCAUUUGUCUGUUCCUUAUGUGCGAGCCCGUGACCAUGAUUUGCGGUCACUCGUUCUGCAGGAGAUGCACGGAUGCGUUCCUGCCGUCACGAUGUCCCACGUGCAAAGAGCGAUUAAAACAAAAGGAUGCGAAAAACAUCAGAAACAACGUCCUGCUCUUCAGCGUCAUUGAGAAAUGUUGCCCAGAAGAAACCAAAGUGAAGUGCCACAUCCAGGAGAAGUUGAAAACGAGCGAGUUUACGGAAGCGCUGCGCAUCGCGGAUGAAAGGAUAGAGAAUGCCCCUGAUGAUGUGAGCCUGAAGGUAUGGCGGGCCGAAGCCUGCAUGGGCCUCCGCCGCUUUUCUGAUGCCCUCCGUGACCUGGAUGACCUCUGCUGUGUGCGACCUAACUGGACUGAGGGUUUCUUUCAUAAAGGGAAUGUGCUUCUUGAAAUGGGCAGACAGACUGAAGCUCUCAUCCAGUUUUACCAUUGCCUGAAACAGCAACCUGACUUCACCCCUGCUAAACAACAGAUUAAGACGAUCUUGGAAGCAGAAGGCAUGGCUGUACCAGAAGAAGUUCCACGUAUCCUGCAUGUUGUGUCUGAGUACCUGCAAGAGCCCUGUCCUAUCACCAGCUCUGUGAGCCCCUCAUGCACAGAUGGCCUGCGCUACCUCCACAACACCUCUGAAACUGAUUCUGACCAAAAUGCAACUAAAUUAAAGCACGUCACCAGUGGUGAGUGCUGUCUGAGCCUGUGUCAGGCAGUGUCCUUCCUUCCUACUGCUGAGGAUGAUGAAGAGCUGAUGAUGAAGAGCGAGGAAAAACAUAACACAGGCAUGUGCACUGUGGAUAGAGAGUCCUGCCUCAGUAUUCUGACCAUGGCUGAUUUUGAGUGCCCUCUCUGCAUCAGAUUGUUCUAUGAGCCAGUGACCACACCCUGUGGACACACCUUCUGCAAAAACUGCAUAGAGAGAAGUCUGGACCAUAACCUACGCUGUCCACUUUGCAAACAACCAUUGCAAGAGUAUUUUAAGAACAGGAAAUACAACCCCACGGUGCUUUUGCAGGAGAUCACAUCCCGCCUCUUCACUCAGCAACUUGCAGAGAGGAAACAGGUGCAUGAGACCGAGAUGGCAGAGCUCUCGAAUUUGACCAAGGACAUUCCAAUCUUUGUGUGCACGGUGGCAUAUCCUGGCAUACCAUGUCCUCUGCACAUCUUUGAGCCUCGAUACCGUCUAAUGAUGCGUCGAUGCAUGGAGACGGGAACCAAGAAGUUUGGCAUGUGCAGCUAUGAGCAUGGCAAAGGCUUUGCAGAUUAUGGCUGCAUGUUAGAGAUUCUGGAUCUGGAUCUGCUUCCUGAUGGCCGCUCAUAUGUGGAUACAGUGGGAAGGAGUCGCUUCCGGGUGCUCAGAAGAGGAAAAAGAGAUGGAUACCACACUGCAGAUAUAGAGUACAUGGAGGACCAUAAGGUGGAAGGUGCAGAGCUGGAAUUACUGCAGCAUCUCCAUGACAGCGUGUAUCAGCAAGCGAGGGAGUGGUACCACCGUCUCAACAGUCGCAUUCAAGAGCAGAUCAGCCACCAGUACGGCAUGAUGCCCGAGAAAGAUGACGACAUACAGGGGUCUGCAAAUGGGCCAGCCUGGUGCUGGUGGCUGCUGUCUGUGCUGCAAUUAGAUCCGUCCUAUCAGACUACGGUUCUGUCUCUUAAUUCCCUCAAGGACAGACUAGGUCAUCUACGUAUUGUACUAGAAUACUUCUCUCAAGGCUAACACAGAGACAUUAUAGGCUCAUAUCGCUUUGUCAUCACGUCCAUGUGCAGUACCAUGGAAGAUAUGAACUGGUUUUUACUGUAAGUUUUGUUUGAACUUGAAAGCUCUCACAACAAAACUUGAUCACUGAUCAUAAUACUUUAAAUUUCUCAUGCUUGGUUUUGCAAUACAUUGCAAGACUAUGAUGUGGCAUCUAGUUAUGGAUAGUUUGGUAUAUUAUGUAAAUGAAUGUAUUUUUUAUGGGCUGUACAGCUACUGAAUUAGUCAUCUUAACUAAUUCCUGCUACUUGAGUUAAGAACCAACCAAUCAAAGACAGAACAGCUGUUUAUUGGUUCACGCUGUUUGGUUGAUUAAAUGUGACAAUGGAUGCCAAAUACAGCAGCUGAUGCAGUUCAUACCAACAGCUAGUUUUGUUGAGGAAUACAUGUGAGAUUUAAAUGUGCCAGUGCUGUUAGGGCCCUGGCCAAAACAUGCAGCUCGCAUUUGUGGCCGGAAGCCGAGCGGUUUACUACGCAAGAUCGAUGGACGAAUAGGAGCUCUAUGACUAUGCAUGAAUGAAACGCUCUCACUACUCAAUCGUGUCACGAUUUCAGCCACGAUCAUUUGUUUCGGUAGACCUUGAAAUUUGAUGUCGAUUAUAUAGCUAUUAGCUAGCAAUAAUUAUAACAGUAUUUCUCAGUAAUAUAAGAAACUAAUACCACAAUAGAAAUGAAAGAAAAUAGACUUUUUGUUGCAAUUUUGUAAAUUAAUUCAUAAUUCUGCUUUGUUUUUCUCAGUGUUAAAUAUGUUUUAAGCUUGCUGGCAUGAUAUAGAAGAUAGGCAGAGAGGCAGAGAUUAAAGCAGUACGUUAUUUGUUUAGUAUAAAACCAUAGAUACAUUAGUCUUAUAAAACUGAUUUUGAUUUUGUUCUCUGAAGCAAUGUUAAGGUUUAAGCUGGUGUGCAUGUAAGUUAAUAAGCCUCAUGGUUAAACAGUGCAUCUCUAAACUUCUCAAUGCCAGUGAUGUUGGACUGUUUUUUGUGAUUGUGCCUUGUGUUUAGCCUUAAUCUGGUUUCAGAUGCUUUCUUAAGGAUUUGAGGAUUCAUGCUCUUCUUUUUUUCUCACAGUUUUAGUGCUGGAUUAUGAUGGAUGUUAAUGCUAUGAUGUUACUCACUCCUAUGUAUCUUAGCUUAAUACUCAAUGUCCAACAAGGUUUAACAGGCAUUCAACCACACUAUUCAUUCAUUCAUUCAAAAGUCUAAUAUUUGAUUUUGUGUACUGUUCUGAUUUUGUACUUGUUAUAUUGUUUUAUUUUAUUUGUUUUAAACCGGUCACUAAUGACAGGAAGUUUAUUUGCACCCAUACUUUAAAUUCAGUGUUGAAAUGUUUAUUAACAUCUACUUUUGGUAGGAACAGCAAUUAGCGCAUUUACAUACAUUUAGAGAUUCUCAGACCAAUGGGUCAGGAUUAUAUAUUUUUCUUCACAUUAGAGAAUGCUGUGAUACAGACAGAUUUGUAUGCAAUUCAUGUAAAUCUUUAUGAGAGGUACUCAGCUAAGAUUCAGUAAUUGAAACAAUAGAAACUUCCUUUCAUGCUCAGGAUACACGACUCCAAACUCACAUACAAUGGUUUUUUAGACAUAUAAGAACUGUUGCUGUUUUUGUCAAUAGAUGUUUCAAACAUGUGUAUUAGUUGCAUAACUGACAUCAUGAAAUGUCAGCUUAGGGAAAGAUUGCAAAUGUUGUUUUGUUGCUUUGCAAUCUUGGAGAGAAACUUUAUUCUUAAGUCUUAUAAAUAAGGAGGUGGGUGGUACUAUAGCCACCGGUUGACCAGUCUAAGAAUAGGCUAUUAGGAGAAACUUAGGUUAGGUUUAUUUGAUAAAUAUAGAUUAGUCAAAUUAAUAUCCCAGGCUAUACAAUGUAUUGUUAAUGAUUUAUUUUUUUAAAUUAAGAGGCAAAAUACAUUCUGUCCAAUAAGUUUUGCUUGCACUUGAAAUGAAUGGUGAACUUUCAUGAGAAGUAUUUCUAUUUUUCGGUCACUUAUUUUUAUAAAAACCGAGUUGUUGAAAUGAUGUCUAACUAUUGACCUAAUAUAGUCUGGCUAUGAGUAACCCUUUCUACAAUAAAUAACCUUGAAUUUGGUUACAUUUUUGCCUAAAUAACUUGAAGAUGUAUGAUAUUCCAACAUGUAACAAAGUCAACAGGUUGUCAAGGUGUUUGCUUUCAUUUCUUUUACAUGAUUUAAAUCAUCUACUCUUGGGCCAUGGUUAGACAUCUAUUAGACUUUCACUGGCAAAUUUAGCCUUGUUUUAGCCAAAAAUGCUUGCUGGAUAAUGUCAUGUAUUGCUGUGUUUGUAUUUAGGGCAGGCAUAGCCAAACUUUUUAUAAUUUUGCCACUUUUAAUGUUUUUUUUCUGCUUAUAAACUAUACAAUAGAAUAAAGGUGAACAAUAUAUUACUAGAAGUAUCUCUCAGUGCGUGUACCUACUUAACUGUGCGUGUAUAUUACAGGCAACCACUAGAUGGCGUCAUACAAUCACCUAACAUUGUGUUUUAUGAUAUCAUUUUAGCAUACGCCAAUAGAUGUUUAUUUGUAUUUUUCUGAAACCGCUAAAAUUGUGGUAUUUUUUUCUUUAAAUAUCACAAUGAUUUAAGUGUAGAAUCAACAUUAAACUUAUAAGAAUAAAAUGGCAUAACAAA